AUGGAGAGCGGGGCCUACGGCGUGGCCAAGGCGGGCGGCUCCUUCGACCUGCGGCCCUUCCUGACGCAGCCGCAGGUGGUGGCGCGCGCCGUGUGCUUGCCCUCCACAGUCUUCACCUUGAUCGUGUUCUCCCGCAUCUAUGGCGAGGGCUACAGCAACACCCACAAGUCUAAGCAGAUGUACUGCGUGUUCAACCACAACGAGGAUGCCUGCUGCUAUGGCAGUGCCAUCGGGGUGCUGGCCUUCCUGGCCUCGGCCUUCCUCUUGGUGGUCGACGCGUAUUUCCCCCAGAUCAGCAACCCCACUGACCGCAAGUACCUCGUCAUUGGUGAUCUGCUCUUCUCAGCUCUCUGGACCUUCCUGUGGUUUGUUGGUUUCUGCUUCCUCACCAACCAGUGGGCGGUCACCGACCCGGAGGACGUGCUGGUGGGGGCCGACUCUGCGAGGGCAGCCAUCACCUUCAGCUUCUUUUCCAUCUUCUCCUGGGGUGUGCUGGCCUCCCUGGCCUACCAGGGCUACAAGGCUGGCGUGGACGACUUCAUCCAGAACUACGUCGACCCCACUCCGGACCCCAACACUGCCUACGCCUCCUACCCAGGUGCAUCUGUGGACAACUACCAACAGUCACCCUUCACCCAGAAUGCGGAGACCACCGAGGGCUACCAGCCGCUCCCUGUGUACUGAGUGGCGGUUAGGGUGGGAAGGGGGACAGAGAGGGCCCUCCCCUCUGCCCUGGACUUUCCCAUGAGCCUCCUGGAACUGCCAGUGCCCCUCUUUCACCUGUUCCAUCCUGUGCAGCUGACACACAGCUAAG